UUGAGAAGAUGCAGCAGCUGGUCUGUCAGUCAUGUGGCUAUUUUCGCAGCUGAGUAACUGCAUGCAUUUGGUGAUAAAGCAGGCAGUGACUGCUGGAGUUGUGUCUGAGCAGGCUUCAUUUUACAUUAUCUCGAACAACGUUGAGUUGAAUUAGGUUUUUUUUUUUUUGUUUCUUACAAGGGCAUGAAUCAGAUAAGGAUGGAGGCAGGAACUGACAAAGAAACAGGAAAUGAAAGAAACGAUACAGCUCAGACCCUUAAUCUGACUCAUGAUACUCAUCCUGAGUCAUCCACCUCUGCCAGUGUUGAAGGACAGAUCACCAGGUCGGUUGAAAGGAGCACACUAAACCCUAAAGAGCAGUCCACUGAUGCAGCAAAGGCCAAUGUUUUAAAACCAACACUUCAACUGGCUUUUACCACAUUCACAGUGAAAAAUGGUGAAGAUUUGAAAGUAGACAUACCAGUGCUUGGGAAUCCAGCCCCAAAGAUAGAAUGGAAAAAAGAUGGACACACAGUCAAAGAGACAUCCAGGCUGCAGAUCUCAAUGACAUCAUCAAUGACAGUUUUUCAUAUCAGAAACGCGACCAGGGAGCACGUUGGCCAAUACUCCAUCACAGCAAGCAACGAUGCCGGAAACUAUACAGGAGAAAUAACAGUGGUCGUUCUUGAAAAGCCUGACCCACCCAAAGGUCCUGUGAGAAUUGAUGAGGUCAGUUGUGACUUUGCGUCCAUUUCCUGGGAGCCACCAGAAUACACAGGAGGCUGUCAGCUUGACAAUUAUGUCGUGGAGAAACGUGACAUUACUAACAUGGAGUGGCAAACAGUAUCAGCAACGACAGUGCGAACCACAAUCAAAGUCACCAAACUAAAGACUGGUAAUGAGUAUCAAUUCAGAGUGUUUGCAGAAAAUAGGUAUGGAAAGAGUGCAGCCAUCACAUCUUCAAUUGUACUUGCACAGUACCCAUUUAGCGUGCCUAUGGCAACUGGUACACCUUUUGUGUCCACAGUGACAAAGUACAGCAUGUUAGUUGAAUGGGCACCCCCAGCCAGAGAUGGAGGUAGCGCUGUCAUUGGCUACCACCUGGAACGAAAGGAGAAAAACAGUAUCUUAUGGACCAAGCUGAACAAAUUUGCCAUACCUGACACCCGAUUCAAAACAAGUGGCUUGGAGGAAGGUAUUGAAUAUGAAUUCAGAGUCUUUGCUGAAAAUAUUGCUGGACUCAGUCCAUCGAGCAAGAUAUCUGACUGCUAUGUGGCGAGAGAUCCCUGUGAUCCACCUGGUAAACCUGAAGCUGUUGUUAUUACAAAAGAGACUAUCACACUCCAGUGGGCCAAACCUGGCCAUGAUGGUGGCAGCUCCAUUACAGGCUAUAUUGUUGAAAAGAAAGAGCUUUCAGAUGGCCGGUGGAUGAAAGCAAACUUCACCAAUGUUAUUGAAAAUCAGUUCACAAUUACAGGUCUGACGGGAGGCCACACUUAUGAGUUCAGAGUAACUGCCAAGAAUGGUGCAGGUGUUUGGAGCAAACCCUCUGAAAGUAUAACCAUCCUUGCUGAAGAUGUCAUUGAAGGACCCUCUGUGUUCAUGGACCCCAAGUUCAAGAAUACAAUCGUCGCUCAGGCGGGCGAAACAUUUACAAUUGAAGCCGAUUACUUUGGAAAGCCACUUCCCGAACUAAGGUGGCUGAAAGAUGGUGAGGAAAUCAACAAAUCUACACCAAGGACAGAUGUAAAAAACACCCUUACUCAUACAACACUGACUAUCAGGGACUGUACACGAGUGGAUGGGGGACACUUUGUCCUGAGCCUCACUAACGUCGAUGGAACAACAUCUGUGCCAGUUAAUGUGAAGGUACUGGAUCGACCCGGUUCCCCAGACGGACCUUUGAAAGUGAAAGCUGUCAGUGGUGAAAAAUGUAAUCUUCAUUGGAACGCUCCUUUAAAUGACGGCGGUGCCAGUGUUUCACAUUACAUUGUUGAGAAAAGGGAGACAAGUCGUGUUACAUGGACAGGGGUCGAUGCCCUUGUUGAAGCUCUCAGUUGCAAAGCAGCAAAGCUGACACCCGGGAGAGAAUACAUAUUCCGCGUUUGUGCUGUGAACAAAUUUGGUGUAGGGGAGUUCCUGGAAUCCGAACCUUUCAUUGCACAAAAUCCUUUUCAAACACCCAGUGCGCCUUCUACCCCUAAAGCCAGUGCUACAACUGAAGACUCUGUAAUGCUGACGUGGGAAAGACCCGAGUCGGAUGGGGGUUCUGAGAUUGAUGGCUACGUCCUGGAGAAACGUGAUAAAGAUGGUGUUAGGUGGACUAAAUGCAACAAGCGAAGAUUGAAUGACUUGCGUUACAGAUGCACAGGACUCACUGAGGGACGUUAUUAUCAGUUUAGAGUAUCGGCAGAGAAUACUGCAGGUGUUGGUGCACCCAGUGAGGCAAGUGAUUAUAUUAAAGUGUGUCAUACGUCAUAUCCUCCUGGUCCCCCUACCAACCUCAAAGUGACUGACCAUUCGCGCAGUACUGUUUCUCUAUCCUGGUCCAAGUCUAUCUAUGACGGUGGAGCUCCCAUUACUGGAUUUGUUGUUGAGAUGAAAGAAGCAGCAGAUGAUGAGUGGAUCACAUGCACAGCAAACACAGAAGAAACAAAAGACACCAUAAAAGGUCUGAGACAAAAUGCAGAGUACAACUUUCGGGUACGUGCAACAAAUGCCAAUGGAGUUGGUGAGCCUGUGGACUUACCAGGGUCAGUGGUUGCAGCUGACAGACUGGAGCAUCCUGAAGUGGAGUUAGACCCAGCUUUGAGAAAGCUCGUUAGUGUUCGAGCCUGUUCAACAUUAUGUCUCAAUGUCGCCAUCAAAGGAAGGCCAGAACCUGAAGUCCAGUGGUCAAAGGAAGGUGGUCCUCUCAGUGAGCGUGCGCAGACAGAGGUGACAGGCUCCUCCACAUUGUUGAUGAUUGAAAAUGUAAACAGAAAUGACACUGGGAAGUAUGUAUUGACCGUUUCUAACUGCAAGGGCUCUAAAUCAGCAUUUAUCAACGUUCGAGUGUUGGAUACUCCCAGUGCACCAACAAACCUGCAAGUGAAAGACGUCCGCAGAGAUUCUGUCUUCAUCUCCUGGGAGGCUCCUCUCAUUGAUGGAGGAGCAGUGAUCUCGCAUUACGCCGUGGAAAAAAGAGAGGAGGCGAGAAAGGUGUUCACAAGUGUGUGUAGUAACUGCACAAGGAAUUUAUAUAAAAUUGACAACCUCCAGGAGGGAUGUUUUUAUUAUUUCCGUGUCUUGGCUGUAAACGAGUUUGGAAGUGGACAAGCAGCGGAAACAGUUGAGCCUGUUAAAGUGUCUGAAGUGCCUCUUCCUCCUGGGAAAAUCACACAGAGUGAUGUCACCAGUGAUAGUGUACAACUUUCUUGGGAAAAGCCAGAUCAUGAUGGAGGAAGCAAAAUUACAUGUUAUAUCGUUGAAAUGCAGGCAAAGGGACAUGACAAGUGGAGAACUUGCUCUGAGAGUAAAACACUGGAAACAGUCAUUAAUGGACUGACAAAAGGAAUGGAGUAUUUCUUCAGAGUUAGUGCUGUGAAUGAAAAGGGUAGGAGUGAACCAAAGCUCCUGUUGACGCCUGUUACUGUAAAAGACACAAGUGCUCAACCUGUUAUUGAUUUGCUGUCCACCACAUUCAGUGUGAAAGCAGGUAAUGAUUUAAGGAUUGAUGUGCCGUUCAAGGGUGCACCACAGCCGACAGUAGUAUGGAAGAAAGAUGGCAACAUAUUGAAAGAGACCUGCAGGGUAAAUGUGUGUACAUCUGUUAUGUCAUCUCAAAUCAUAAUCAAAGAUGCAACGAAGAUAGAUGUUGGCUUGUAUCAGAUAACCGUGACCAAUUCCGCUGGAACUGCAUCUGCUGAAAUUCAUGUUAAUGUUUUUGAAAAACCUGGACAACCAUGUGACUUCACUGUGGAAGAAGUGAGCGCUGACUUUGUGGCUCUGAUAUGGCAGCCACCGCAAUAUAGCGGGGGGUGUCAAAUCUCAAAUUAUGUUGUUGAGAAGAGAGAUACAGGCAGCGCAAUAUGGCAGACUGUGUCAGCCACCGUUGCCAGGACGUCUAUAAAAAUAUCCCGUCUGACACAGGGCACUGAAUAUUACUUUCGUGUUGCUGCAGAGAAUCGCUACGGGAGGAGCCCCUUUGUUGAGUCUGAACCUGUAGUUGCCCAAUAUCCUUUCAAGGUUCCAAGUGCACCAACCAAUAUUUCUGUUGUGAGUGCCUCCAAGUCUGUCAUAGUCAUUACAUGGAACCCGGCAAGCAGUGAUGGCGGCAGCCCUAUUCUUGGCUAUCAUAUUGAAUGCAAAGAUCAAAGUAGUAUUCUCUGGACAAAGUUAAACAGAGGUCUAGUGACCGAGAACAGAUUCAAAGUUACAAGUAUUGAAGAAGGACUCAUAUAUGAGUUCCGGGUGUAUGCUGAGAAUAUUGUUGGUGCGGGUCCCCGCAGUAAUGCCUCUGAGCCUGUUGCAGCGAGAGACCCGUGUGAUCCCCCACACAACCUGACAGUCUCCAACAUAACAAACUCUUCAGUUUCCCUCUCAUGGGAGAAACCACAAUAUGACGGUGGGGCUAAAAUAACUAGUUUCAUUGUCGAGCGCAAAGAGCUUCCUGAUAGUUGUUGGCUCAAGUGUAACUUCACCAACUUACUCGACACCUUUUUGGAGGUGACUGGUCUCACGGAGGGUGAAGAAUAUGACUUCAGGGUACUUGCAAAGAAUGCAGCUGAGCUCUUCAGUGCGCCUUCUGAGACCACAGGACCUGUCACUGUGCAGCAUGAUGUGGAGCCACCUAAAAUUAUCGUCGAGGACAAAUUUCGACAGGUUUUGGUUGUCAAAGUGGGUGAUCUACUAAGAAUAGAUGCUGACAUCUCUGGCCGCCCCAACCCUACAGUGUUGUGGUCAAAGAAUAGUAGAGCUAUUGGCACGAAGGGUAGGGUUGAGAUUACAGCAACAAAGACGCAUACAUCUCUGAUAAUCCGGGAAAGUGUUCGGAAAGACUCUGGACAGUAUAUUCUGACCCUACAGAGCAGUGCGGGUACUGCAUCUGUUGCGAUUACAUGUAGAGUCUUAGACAGACCGGGCCCUCCAGCUGGACCUCUGCAAGCGUCAGGACUCACAGCAGAGAAACUCACCUUAUCGUGGGGACCGCCUCAUGAAACAGGCGGUGCAGAGAUCAUGCAUUAUAUCGUUGAGAAGUGUGAAACCAGCCGUGUAGCCUGGACUCUUAUUUAUGGUGACUUGACGGCAACUACUUGCAAAAUAACUAAGCUGCUCAAAGGAAAUGAAUACCUCUUUAGGGUGAGGGCAGUGAACAAGUAUGGUGAGGGGGAGACUUUGGAAAGUGAUCCCAUCAAGGCAGCAGACCCCUUUACCAUCCCAUCUGCUCCAACGGAUGUUGAGGUCACAAGUACAACGAGUGAUGCGAUGACUAUCUGCUGGAAGAGACCAGUAUCUGAUGGCGGAAGCCGAAUCAGCGGGUACAUCAUUGAGAAACGUGACAAGCAGGGCAUUCGUUGGCUGCGUGUAAAUAAGAAGCCUGUGUACGACCUACGAGUCAAAGCCUCUGGCUUACAUGAAGGAUGCGAAUAUGAAUUCCGUGUUUUUGCAGAGAAUGCUGCAGGGAUAAGUGAACCCAGUAUACCAUGUCCUCUCACCAUGGCAGAAGAUCCAAAGUUUCUGCCUUCCCCUCCUGGAAAGCCUACGAUACUCGAUUCUUCCAAGUCCUCAGUCACUCUGUCAUGGAACAAGCCACUGUUUGAUGGUGGAGCACCUGUCACUGGGUACAAAGUUGAAUUCAGAAAAUCUACUGAAAAAGUAUGGGCAGUUGGGACUCAUAACACAGAUAAGACAGAGUUGAAAGUAACUGGGCUUACUUCAGGUGUAGAAUAUGUGUUUGUUGUUAGAUCAAUAAAUAAGGUAGGCAUCAGUGAGGCCAGUCCUGAAACAGAUCCUUUUGCAGCUGUGGACAGAGAAGAAGAACCCAGGUUUGACAUUAGCACUGAUAUGAAGAAGACCCUCCAUGUUAAAGAAGGAGGCGCUUUCACGUUCACCGUGCCUUUCACUGGCAAACCUGUUCCCUGUGUCACUUGGGAAAAAGCAGAUGUGGAUCUAAGAAUCAGAGGACUGAUCAACACCACCAACUCCGUCACCUCCAUUACUGUGGAAAAAGUGACUCGCGAUGAUACAGGCAAAUACAUAGUCAAAUUGCAAAAUGGUGUCGGGAAUGCCUCUUUGACUCUAAGUGUGAGGGUUCUGGAUUCCCCUGGUCCGCCAACACAUUUAGCUGUUAAAGACGUUACCAAGAACUCUGCCACAGUUACUUGGGACAUCCCUGAGAAUGAGGGAGGAGCCUCCGUUAAGAACUACCUUGUUGACAUACUGGACAUCAGCAGAAAAGGAUGGACAAGACUCACGAACAGAUGCCACAGGUUGUCCUACAAGGUGACUGACCUGGAGGAGGGAGGGAUCUACUACUUCAGAGUCACUGCUGAAAAUGAAUUUGGCACGGGCGUUCCGGCUGAAACGAGGGAAGGAACAAGAAUGACAGAUUCAACGGACUGGGAAACAAACCCGGGUGCUUAGCUUGUCUCUCCUCCAGAGUUCAGCUCCACUCUUCUGCAUGUUGAGUAGAUUGCUGAGCUAUUUAAACUUGGUUAAAUGUCAAAAAAUAAAAGUUAUUUGAAUUCACACAUAUUGUGUUGUGGUCAAGUUAAAAUGUUUCUUGAAUUUUAAGUGAACCCAUGUUGCCUGCACCAAAGUCAGGCCAAUGUACCACAACCAUCAAUGAACUGCCACCAGUAUUGCAAAACUGAAUUUUCUAGAAAACCUACAUUGUCCUGUGAUUUGUUGGCGACCAGUGUAUCCUGCCUUUUGCCCUAAGUCAGCAGGGAUAGGCUCCAGUCAGCUUUGUGACUCUAUAAGGACAAACACUGUCGAAAAUGGAUGGAAAACCAAAAUCUAAAAAUCUAACGUGUCACCGGCUCAUCAAAUAAUUAAUUGAUUACGAAUUAAUAUGUACCUGUAUUAGCAAAUGUCACUCAUUUUACCUGAACGCCUCACGGUUGCUACUGGUUAUAAUUUAGGAAUUAAAAUUGCACAGUAUAAGUUUAAAUCACACAUCUUCCGUUCCAAAGGUUAGGGUUUAAAUUUUUUUCAUUUCACUUUAUUCAUCCCAAUAUUAAGACUUUUAUUAUCAUUUCUGUCAGGAUAAACUAAGGUGUCACAUUAUUCUUGUCCUAUACUAUAUGACUAGUUAAAUCACAACUUUGUUCUCAUAAAUUAUUUUGAACUUUAUUCUUGUAAAUGACAACUUUUUCUCAUAAUUUUCAGAUGUUUUUUCCUAGUAAAAUUACACAUUUGUUAUUGCAAUUCAACAACUUUUAAAAGAUACAGGAAUAACAUUGGAGCAUUGGAAACAAAUCUCACUUUGCCUCUUAACGUUCCAGUCAAAGGUAAAGUAAAAAAAGAAAAGACUGACGAAUCCUACAGUAUUCGCUAUUAUUUAUUUAACAAUAUUACUUACGCGAUGAAAACACAAAACAAUACAAUAAAAGGAGAAACGUCUAAUGGUUAGGAGAAUAAUGUCGUAAUUUUCCAGUUUCCUUCAGAAAUGUAAACCCCGCCGACGGUAAAGCAUGUGUUGGACUUUGGCGAGGAGCUGCGUUUGUAGCCUGUCAACCAGCAUGAAAGGGUUAACAUGAUCACCGGAAGUAAAGUGGCAUCGCAGUACAGUAUUU